GCGGCGCGGCCGCCGCGGAGGGCGCCGCGCGGCUGGAGGCGCUGGCGGCCGCCGUCGCGGACGCGAGGACCGCCGGCAUGCGCGAGGAGGCCGUGGCUGGGGCCGCGGACGCUUCGGCGCGACACGGCGCCGCCGUCACCUCACAGGCCACGUUCGGCGCGGAGUCGGCGCUGGCGGCGCUGCGCUCGGAGCUGAGGCGGGCGGAGCGGGAGCGGGACGACGAGGCCGCGGCCGCGCGGGGAGCGGCGGGCGAGGUGGCCGAGCUGGAGCUGGCGAGGGCGCGGCUCGAGGGGCAGCUGGCCGGCCGGGAGAGCGAGCUGCGGCGGCACGCUGCGCAGAGGGCCCGGUCGCUGGGGGAGGAGAGCGCCGAGGCGCGGUUGUCCGCCCUGAGGGCCGCGGAGGACCGGGUCGCCACGGGCAGGCGGCGCGAGCUGGAGUUAGAGGAUGAGUUGCGGUCCGCCAUGAUGGCGCAGCUGUCCGAUCGGCUAGACACUGGCGGCAGCCAGCCCGACGGCGGCGCCAACGGCGCGGCGGCCUGGCACGCCGCGCGGGAGCUCGCUGCCGAGCUCGGCGAGGCGCGCGCGGCGCUGGCGAGGCGGCGGGCGCUCGAGCGCAGCGGCAGCGGCGAGGCGGCGGUGGCCUCCCUGCGGGCGGUGCUGCGGGACGCGGAGGGCCGCGAGGCUCGCAGCGCCGGGGAGCUGGCCGAGGUGCGGCGGCGGGCGCAGGCUCGCGGCCGUCGUGGUCGUCGUGGUCGGCGCCGUC